AUGCGCCCCCACGAGGCCCUCGACGACUUUCUGGGAUGGCACCAUUUAUGUGUGAUAUACAUAACGAAAAUGAUAGUCCCCUCCGUGAGCGAUCGCACCGUCGACGCUAUCAUCAAGACUUUCCGUCCCCCGAACACGAGGUUGGGGGCGGGUGCGUGCGCCGUUCUGCGUGGAGCCAUCCGCAGUCGGAUGCGGAAGACCGCCGCCAGAUCCGGCGUGCUGGCCCUGUACGCGCGAAACGGAAGAUUGAGGAACUUCACACCGACCGACGUCGCGAUGGUGGACUUCAUAGGCGGUCUCCAGACGGAAGGGGCGCUGCGGCACCGUCUCCUCCACGAUGCCAAGUACCGGGACUUUUUCAACCCGGUCCCGAGGCCCCGGAGAGCCGCCCGUCCACCGUCGCCGCUUCCUCACGUCGACGAAUAUGCGGGAGUGGACUUUGGGGGUGAUGACUGGAACCCGGAUACCUUCGGAACGCCGCCUAGCCCCAGAGCGACCGAGACGCACCCCAGCGCCAGAAGUCCCGAGACGCCGCCCGGCCCUAUAAGACCCGUCAAGAGGAAGAGGAGCGAGCGAGCCAGGCAGACGCCCGGUGCCAGGAGGGGAUGGAGCGAACACUCUCAUCCCAUCGCGAGGCGCCUUGAUUUCGGAUCAGGAAGUCCCGGUGCACCCUCCAAGAGAAAGAGGAGCGAGCGACGCAGGCCGGUCUUCGGCACCCAGAGGAGGCCCGCCCGCGAUACGAGACGUCCCGCCCGGUACGACGACUAUCACGGCAAGAUCGACCUUCGCAAGAUCAGACGAGACUUCAAGAGAGUGAUCGUGCCCAAGACGAGGGACAAUAUGUUCGCUGCGGUCCGGCGCGCCACGAGAGACGCCCGUAGCGUCAGGGAGCUCCGCGAGGCCUGCGCCGAUCUUGAGAUGGAUCCCGCCAGGUUCUGGCCGGACGCGGUUCAGCGCAUGAAGGGGCCCGCCCGAGCGAAGGCACACGCGGCAUCUGUCAGGAAAGAUGCGAUGCGAGGCGUCCUAGAGCUGGAGGUGUUGGCGUACGCGACGUGCACGGUGAUCGUGGUGAAGGACGGAGACGAACUCCGGCGCUACGAGCCUCGAGUCUUCGGCGGAGCGGGACCCUCGCGGGAGCCGCCUACGGCAGUUUUGGAGCGGACCAGAUAUUACGACGUGCUCACUCCACGAGGCUAG